GUCUCCUUAGGGUGAUUUUAGGCGCCAUUUCCUCUUCUCACCACUACUUCCUUCUGAAGAGAAACCCAAACAAAAAUGGCGUCUUCCUCUUCCAAAACCCUAAUGGAUCUAUUCAAGCAACCUGCAGCAAAGCGGCUAAAACGGGUCUCCUCGCCAUCUUCCGCUGACAACUCCUUCUCAUCUUCAUUGUCGGGUGAAGACGGCGGCAACAAAGACCCCAAAAAUACAAUGCUCACGUCCGAGCAAAAGUCGAGAAUGGAGUUCAAUAAAUCGCUUGCAAAGGCCAAAAUGAACCUCAAACUAUGCUCUGAUAAAAUCUCCAAGUUAAACGCAAAUGGCACUGAAAAGGCAUCUCUUGUGUACCAACUGUUAGGUGAUGGCGUAGGAUAUGUGAAGUUAGAGGAACUGUUGGUUGAGGAGACAUGGUUGGAAGCACUGCCAGGGGAAUUUCAGAAGCCCUAUGCAAAACACUUGUGCAGAUUUGUUGAAAAGGAAAUUAGUGGUGGUGUCCCAAUUUACCCCCCACAGCAUCUGAUUUUUAAUGCUCUUAAUACUACUUCAUUCGACAGGGUAAAGGCUGUCAUCAUUGGACAGGAUCCGUAUCAUGGGCCAGGUCAGGCAAUGGGCCUCUCUUUCUCGGUGCCUAGAGGUGUGAAAGUCCCUUCAAGUCUGGUGAACAUAUAUAAAGAACUUAAGCAAGAUUUGGGUUGUUCAAUACCACUCCAUGGAAAUUUGGAACAAUGGGCUUUACAGGGUGUUCUGCUUCUUAAUGCUGUUCUUACAGUUAGGCAUCACCAGGCAAAUUCUCAUGCAAAUAAAGGCUGGGAGCAAUUUACAGAUGCUGUCAUCAAAACAAUUUCUCAAAAGAAAGAAGGAGUUGUUUUCAUUCUGUGGGGAAACUAUGCCCAAGCAAAAGUCAGGUUAGUUGAUGAAACAAGGCAUCAUGUUCUCAAAUCAGCACACCCUUCUGGUUUGUCUGCAAACAGAGGCUUCUUUGGAUGUCGGCAUUUUUCACAGACAAACCAACUUUUGGAGAAGAUGGGAAUACCUCCCAUUGAAUGGCAACUAUAAGCUGCUAUGCAAACAUCUCUUUCGGAAUGCUACUGCCGCAAGAGUUUGCCACUAAGAAGUGAUUCUUCUAGUGCAUGCUUUUGGUUGGCAACUGUUCAGCAAUCUAUUCGGAGAAUGAUGAUCUUGUGUCUUUUCCUGAAAAAUUAUCCUGUGAAGUGGAAUAACGAUUUUGCAAUACUUCCAUGAUGUAUCUAAUAACAUGGGGAAUGACUGUUGAAGAUGUUUUGGAGGAAGCCUAUCUUGGAACGUUCUUGCAGUAAAUGGAAAUUCGGAUAUGGUUUUGCUGCUUCUUCCUAUUUUUCCAUUCUCCUGUCAAGGUUUUUAAUUUGGUUCCUGAUAUUUUGUUAUACUAUGUCGGCAGCAUGUAUAUAUACAACUGCUUUCUUGUUAUCAAGACGAUAUACUUAUAGUUGUUAAAAGGUUAACUAAAUUGUGUUUUCUCAUUCUAUCGUAUUAAUUAAUUUGAUUUUGACUGUAA